AUGGAUGAAUUAACGACCAAGUGAGACUCUUUUAAAAAGACGAGCUGGAUUUCGAUAAGAAGUGCUAAAAAGUGACAUGUCAAAAUAUGGUUGACAACUGUGAAAAAAGUUGACAAGCAAAUGCGCCAAUUUUUAAAUGGCUUUAUUAUUAAAUUAAUUUUUUUUAUUUUGAUACCUGUUAGACUGGGAUUGAUUAAAUAUUACUUACUUACUCUUUUCUCUUUUCUGAAAAAUUUAGCUUUAAAACAAAUUAGGUUAAUAUAA